AUGAGCCCGCCGUACCCUUCCUUCGGGUCUGCUGUGGGACGGGCGGGAGACGCGCGGGGAACGGCGGCGCAGCGCCCGCUGCGGGCCCGACCCGGGCGGCUUAGCCCGGCGAGGACGACUAGCGCCGGGAGGACCCCCGUCCCCGCCCGCACGCCCACCCCGCGCCGGGGAAGGGUGUUCCCGGGGCGGGCGAAGGGCGGGAAGGGGGGCGGGUUAUCGAGGGGGAAAAGCCGCGGCUGUCGGCGCAAACGGAGCCCACGCCCCGCGCUGCCGCCGCCGCCGCCGGCUGGGGCUCCUCGUCCGCCUCUCGCCAUGGGGCUGCAGCCCCGGCGCGCAGCGGGACCCUGCCCGCCCGCGGGGAGAUGCGCCGCCCUGCCCGGAGCGCGGACCGCGGCUGCCUGGGCCCGCAGCGAGGAGCCGGAGGGAGCUGCCGGCCGCACCGCGUCCCUGCCGCCCAUCCUGCCGGCCCCCACCGCUUCCCCCGUCGCCGCCCGGGCGCAGCCCAAGAAGCCCCCGCCCGCGGCGGCGGCCCCCAAGAAGGCAGCGCCUCGGCCCGCGGAGGAGAAGGCGGCGAGGAAGGCGCGGGGGGCGCCCCCGGAGCAGGCGGGCCCCCUCUCCACCUCCUGGCCCUGCUCCUCCCUGCAGCGGCAGCCGCCGCGCAGGCCACCGGCCGGGCGGGGGGCGCGGCCCCAGCCCGCCCCGCCGCAGCCGCGGGGGCGCCCAGGGGCGCCGGGGGCGGGCAGCCGCUCCUGCGAGAGCCUCGGCGGGGCGCCGGGGGAGGCGGCGCUGCGCUUCUCGCUGAGCCUGCCGCCGGAGGCCAUCCGGGUGCUGCAGCGCCGCAGCCUGGAGCGGCAGCGGGGGCAGCCCGCCCCCUCCCCCGGCGGCAGAGCGGCCGCGACCCCGGCCCCGGCGCGGCGCGGCGCCCGGGCGGGCGGCGGCGACUUGCGGGCCCUGCUGAAGGUUUCGCUGCUCAACGACAGGCACCGCUACGACGACGAGGAGUACGAGGAAGAGGCGGAGGCGGCGGCGGGGGCCGCGGUGGACGAGGGGCUGGUGCGGAAGUGCACCGAGUGGCUGCGCGGCGUGGAGAGCGCGGCCGGCCGCGACCGCCCCGACAGGCUGGAGACGCUGCCGCACCUGGGCACCCUCUGAGCCCCGCCGGGGGAGCGGGGCUGGGGGAGCG